AUGGCGCGCACGGCCCCUGUGGAGCCCCCGCUGCGGCAUCCCGCGCCCCCCUCGCUGGCCUCGGGCGAGCCCCGCACCUCAGUAGAGGCAGCGGUGGCCCCGCGGAGGGUGCUGUUCGCCGACGAGGCCCUGGGGCUGCCGCUGGCGCAGCUGCGCCGCUACCGGCCAUGGGGCGGGCCCGGGGCGGGCAAGAUGGCGGCGGCGGCCGGGCAAGAUGGCGACGGCGGCGGGGCUGAGGACGACGAUGGCGAGGAUGGGGAUGAAGGGGAGGAGGAAGAGGAGGCUUGCCCCGAGCCCUUGCCGCUGUGCCCCGUUCCCGCUGGCGGGGGGUUUUACCUGGUGCCCACAUUUUCGCUGCCGCCCGCGCCGGGCCGUCUGGAGCGCUUGGGGCGCGUCAUGGUGGAGCUGGAGGCGCUGCUGCCGCCUCCCGGAGCAGUCCCCGGGGGUGCCGGGGUGUGGGUGCCUGGGGGGCGCCCGCCAGUGCUGCGAGGGUUGGUCCGCGUGCUGAACCGCUCUUUCGAGAAGGUGGUGCACGUGCGGGCCUCACACGACGGCUGGGCUUCUUUCUGCGACCACCCAGCACGCUACGUCCCGCGCAGCCCGCCGGGGGCAGGAGCGGGAGGACCAGGAGCAGGAGAUCCCAUCUUGGAUCUGGGCCUUGGCCUGGGCCCUGGCCAGGUGUCCGCCUCCUCGCCCGACGACGGUGGCCGCACCGACCGCUUUGCCUUCCAGCUGCCCUUUGCUGAGGGCGCGGGCGAUGGGGCGCGCCUGGACUUCGUGGUGCGCUAUGAGACCCCCGAGGGCACUUUCUGGGCCAACAACCACGGCCGCAACUACACAGUUCUGCUCCGGAUUGCACCCGCUCCCAUUCCCACUGAUGCUGAAGGGCUGCUCCAGCAGCAGCAGCUGGAGCCACAGCCCGAGUGCCAGGGCCCCGUGGAGGCUGAGGCCAGGCAGCUGAAGAGCUGCAUGAAGCCGAUGAGGCGCAGGCCUAACGAAGAGCUGAAGAUGAAGAGAGCGGACGAUAAUACCCCUGCUGUGGCAGAGCGUCCUGAUGUCCAGGAGACAGUGGGUCCCUUGGUGGCCCCCACACCUCUCCGUCCAUGGCCCCAGAUGACACUUCAGGUUUCUGAAGUUACACUGGCUGGCAGACCCCCAGAGGAAGGUGAUGUCACCAGAAGCAGCCCGCCUGUGACUUUCACAGAGGUUCCCCAGGCGCCGGCCAUCAGGAUUCCCCUCUCUUCCUCUCUCUGCGGCCUGGGUCGCUCUCCCCGGGACCAGGCCUCGGGGCCCGAUGCAAGUGAGGGGGCAGCUGGGCCUCUUCUGGAACCGAGCCAGCGACAGAUGGAGGCCACGUGGGAAGUAUCCAGCGAGAAUGGAAGGGGCCGAAAAGAGCCCUUAGUGGGAGCUAUCAUGGACGAGCCUCCCAGGGGGCUGGAGGUUGUGAGUGGGUUGGAGGAGCUGCUUGGAGAGGACACCAUCGACCAGGAGCUGGAGCAGCUCUACCUGUCCCACCUGAGCCGCCUGCGGGCUGCUGUGGCUGCUGGUGGGGUGGGAGGUGGUGGGGAGGGCCCCAUAGAUGGAGGGGUGUCCCCCAGCCAUCCCCUGGGCAUACUCACAGACCGCGACCUGAUCUUGAAGUGGCCUGGCCCUGAGCGGGCCCUGAACAGUGCCCUGGCUGAGGAGAUCACGCUGCAUUAUGCCCGGCUGGGGCGCGGUGUGGAGCUCAUCAAGGACACUGAGGACCCUGAUGAGGAGGGGGAGGGGGAAGAGGGACUCUCCAUCAUACCCUCCAGUCCAGAAGGGGACACCCCUAAGGAAUCACCUCCAGAAAUCCUCUCAGGGGCCCCUUCUGUGGUAGCCACUAUGGGAGAUGUGUGGCUCCCAUGGGCAGAGGGUUCUGGAUGUAACAGCCCCGUGGUUCUGGGUGUAGAGGGUCAAUUCAGUGGGGCUCUAGAGAAGGGGAUGAGCAAGGACUCUGACUCUUUGCAUGUGAAUAGGAUGAUAUCUGGGGUGACUGGGUUCUCAGGGGCCACAGAAGCCCAGAUGGAGUUUACCAGUGGGCUGGGAGACAGGUUGAUUUCUGUCUCUGGCCAGGAGCCAGCCGCUCUAGUCCUGCAGGGGCAAGAUCUCUCCCUCCUUGGUCCCUUAGGGACUGAAGUCUGUCCUUCCAGCCUGGCCAGGCCCCAAGUAAGCCCCCAGGAUGAAGGGGGUUCAGGCCCAAGCCUUGAGCCCCCAAAGAGGUCUCCUACCCUGGCAGACCCUGCAGAGAGUGUGUGUCUAUUGCCUCCCCAGCUCUGGGGACCCCUGACCCAGACUCUGGGGGUCCUAGCUGUGCUGGUGGUGGUCCCUGUGGCUCUGAACAAUGGUAUGUCCCUCCUGGUGCUUGCACUGUGCCUCUCUCUGGUCUGGUUCUUGUAGGAGCUGCUUGUGAGAUGAGCAAUAACAGGUUUCCCCUCUCUGGGGAGGGGCAGCCCCUGCAUCACCCCCCCCUCCCCAGAGGGUUCAGAUGGGAUGUGUGGUCUGUUCAGUGAACAGUCCUUUGCUUCUGAGAAUGCUCGACUGGAGAGAGGCCUCUCUGUCCCUCAGCUCUCCAGUCAGUACAGGGUUCCUUGUGGCAAUACCAGUGGCGAGAAGUGGCAUGGGGGGAUGGUAUAAGAACUUGCAGAAUGGAAUUGGGCAUGUCCUCCCCUCCCACCCCACCCUCAAGCCUGUAUUUAUUUUUGUAUAAUUCUCUGGUUGAGGGAGAGUGGUCAUGAGCUGGUCUUGGGGCACAAUUACCCAGAGAUGUAUUUAUUAACAGCCAACCUGUGCAACCUGCUGGAGCUUUAUUUUUAAUUUAAUUUAUAUAGAGUACCUAUUAUUAUACGCCACAAUAGAACUCUAUGAGAAACGAU